AUUAACAAAGAGCAAAAAGCACUUCUCCAGCUGCUUUUCUCUUUCAAAUUAGCCUUAUUUGCUGCUUUCCUUGUUCUUAUAGGCGUUUGCCGGCCAUCUCCACAGAAGCUGGUGGCUUUUGCGUUGCCCGUCGGGCUCCCCGUCCUCAAUCUUGUAGCGUCGGUUGGCUCAUCUCAAGGGCAUACGGAGAUGGAAAGCGUCGUUCAGUCGAGCAACAAAUACAAGAUCACUCCUAAACUGUUAUUUGAGAUCAAACUCCAUGGAUUUCUGCUGUGGGCUUCAGUUGGUUUCCUAAUGCCAGUUGCUAUACUUAUAAAGAGGAUGUCCAUCAGAGAGGAAUCCGGCAGAAGGCUGAGAAUCAUAUUCUACAUUCAUGCUAUCACACAGGUUUUGGCAGUCCUGCUUGCAACAGCUGGGGCUGUAAUGUCAAUAAAAUACUUCGACAACUCCUUCAGCAAUGAUCACCAGAGAAUAGGGUUAGCUUUUUACAUUAUCAUGUGGUUGCAAGCAUUGAUUGGCAUCUUCAGGCCUCACAGGGGAAGCAAAGGCAGAAGCAUAUGGUUUGUUUUCCACUGGCUUGUGGGAAUAUCAGUGUCUUUACUUGGAGUCAUCAACAUAUACACAGGCCUACAAGCCUACCAUGACAGAACAUCAAAGAAUGUGAGGGUUUGGACCAUCAUUUUCACUCUUCAGAUCUCUCUCAUACUCUUCUUCUACAUUCUUCAAGAGAAAUGGAACUAUAUACAGAAACAAGGCGCAGUUCUGGGAAAUAAGCCCGUCCAACCCACCGAUCAAGAGAUGUCUCCGAGGUGCCCGGAGAAAGCAGCACCAUCUCAACCUUGCUGAGAAUUAAUAUACAUGUUUUAAUUAAAUAAAUUAUCUCUAUAUUACUUGUCGACACUCGAUAUAAAAAAAAGCUGAUAAUAGAUAUUAUCACUAAUUAUAUAUAUUAAAUGACAAGAAUUUUUGUUCUGUCACAAUGAUGAUUUCCUAACUUUCGUUGGUGAUUGGAAUUUUUUGAAAAUUGUAUUGUGACAAAAUCAAAAUUAUUGUCGUUUGAUAUAUAUAUUUUUUUAUGAUAUAUAGUUUUAAAAUUAUCAUUUAAUAUUUGUAACUAUUUUUCUUUUUUUUUUUAUUUAUAGUGAGUGGAUUCUUUUCAAUGACUAUGCAUUAUUGUAGCAAAAGGUAAUGGGAUGUGGUUC